CCGCAACGGCUGCCUCCUCUUCCCCUACCUCCUGAUCCGCUUUCUUCCUCCCUCCCCAAUUCCUUGUACCUAAGCUUCCACUGUAAGGAGUGAUUCGUGAGUAGGACCUAGCAGAGGAAGAAGAAAAGGGGCUGAGCCAUGUCCCACAACAUGGCACCCGCGGACAUGGAGACAGGCGCGGGGUCGUCCAAGCCGGUGGACGACGACGGCCGGCCGCGGCGCACGGGCACGGCGUGGACAGCCAGCGCGCACAUCAUUACCACGGUGCUGGGGUCCGGCGUGCUGUCCCUGGCGUGGGGGGUGGCGCAGUUGGGCUGGGUGGCCGGCCCCGGCGUGAUGACGCUGUUCGCCGCCGUCAUCUACUACACCUCGGCGCUCCUGGCCGACUGCUACCGCACCGGCAACCCUGUGUCCAGCCCGCGCAACCGCACCUACAUGGCCGCCGUCCGCGCCACCCUUGGCGGGUCCAUGGUGAAGCUCUGCGGCGCGGUUCAGUUCAUCAACCUGGUCAGGUUCGGCAUCGGCAUCACCAUCGCCGCGUCCGUCAGCAUGAUGGCGAUCAAAGAAGCCGGUUGCUUCCACAGGAAAGGGCACAAGGCCAAUUGCAGGAGUUCAUCGAAGAGCUUGUACAUUGCCAUCUACGGCAUAAUGGAAAUCUUCCUCUCCCAGAUCCCGGGAUUGGAGAGUGUAUGGUGGCUGUCGAUGCUCGCCACCGUCAUGUCGUGCACCUACUCCAUCAUCGGCAUCUCCCUUUGUGUCGCGCAGAGUGUAGCCAACGGGGGAAUCCAGGGCGGCCUCACCGGCGUGGCCGUCGGCAUCAACGCCGCCGGCAAGAGUGUCACUGUGAUGGACAAAGUCUGGCGUAGCCUUCAGGCUUUCGGAAACAUGGCGUUCGCCUACGCUUUCUCGAUCGUGCUUCUUGAGAUCCAGGACACGUUGAAGGCGGGGCCGCCGUCAGAGGCGAAGGUGAUGAAGAAGGCGACGGCGGUGAGUGUGGCGGUGACAACGGUGAUCUACCUGCUGUGCGAAUGCGUGGGGUACGCGGCGUUCGGCGACACGGCGCCGGACAACAUCCUCACGGGCUUCGGCUUCUACGAGCCCUUCUGGCUGCUGGACCUGGCCAACGCCGCGGUCGCCGUCCACCUGGUCGGCACGUACCAGGUCAUCACCCAGCCCAUCUUUGCCUACGUCGAGCUGCGGGCCGCCGCGGCCUGGCCGGACAACGCCUUCGUCGGCACGAUGCAUGUCCGGCUGUGGCCCUCGGGCGUCCACGUGGCCGUGUGCCCGCUCCAGCUGAUCGGGCGCACGGUGUACGUGUGCCUGACCACCGGCGUGGCCAUGGCGAUGCCCUUCUUCGGGUCCGUGGUGGGGCUCAUCGGCGCCGUCUCCUUCUGGCCGCUCACCGUCUACUUCCCGGUGUCGAUGUACAUCGUGCGGCGGCAGGUGCCGCGGGGCAGGACGCGGUGGCUGCUCCUCCAGGCGCUCAGCGCCGUCUGCCUGCUCGUCUCCGUCGCGGCAGCCGCCGGCUCCAUCGCCGACGUCGUGGCCGAGUUCCGCCGGAGGUAGGCUGACUGCUGACUGCUGACGUCGCGGCCUACUUAGUAUUAUAUAUAUAUUACUAGGUAAUUACCCGUGCGUUGCUAUGGGUGUAAAAAUAUUUUGGUUGUUACACACUAAUU